CGGAGCCGCAGCGAGCACGGCCUCUUCAUCAGCUGCUCCUCGCUCCUCCGCUUCUCCCUUCCGCUCCCUCAUCUGCCCCACCUCUCACCUCUCGGCGCCGCAGAGCCUGCUUUCCUCUUUGCCCUCGCGCCGGCCUCUGCCUGAGGCGCGUGCUACGCCAUGUCGCCCACGUCCGCCUUCUCGGUCCCGCGUCGCAUCGUCUUCAUCACCAACGUCAACCUCGACUGGACGGAGGACCAGCUGCGUGGCAGUGUCUACCAGCACACGUCCGUGCACGUCAACCGCAUGCAGCGUGUCAUGGAGGGCUACUUUCUCGACUGCGACUCGUCGGCGGACGCAGGGACAGUCGCCAAGGGCAUGACGGGCCGCCAGAUGCUGAGGCAGGGCAGCCCCGUGUCCGCCGUGACGCUCGACGCAGACGACCGCAGGGCCAAGGCGCUUGCAUACCGCUUCCUGCCCGCCCCGAAGACUUCGCAGCGGGGCGAGUCCAGCGAUCGCCACAGCAGCUACUGGGACCGAAGGCCUGAGAAGGAGCGCGUGCCGGAUGCAGCACCGGCACUUGCGCCUCGAGCGCACUCGUCGUCCUACUGGGACCUCACUCCCAGCGAGCCCAAAGACGUGGCGGCGCGCAGACGCGAAGAGCGCCAUCGCCGCGGCUCGCAGGCGCCCAGCUCCGACCUCGCACAGCCCUACGGGGACUUUGCGCUGCGUCCAGACGCUGGUGCGCUGUACCGGGCACAUCUCCCCGAGCGCUGGCAGGCCGGACUGGCCGCUGUGCCCCUCACUGCCGCGGAGCUGGCGCGUACGGCGCCUCCAGCUCACUCGCCAACGAGACGCCCAACUCCGGCGGCCGCACCCAGGAGUGACAGCCUGUUCGGUCAUCCUCAGACGCACAUCAGGGCGUGCCACCACCUUUACGCUGGCGGCCUCGCUCCAGAGUGCACGUGGCAAGACCUCAAGGACUUUGCGCGCAUCCACUGCGACAAGGUCGGCUACGCCACAGUUCUCCCGGGACAUCACGGCGCUGUGCGCGGGUGAGUCUGCCAUGGGCCUCAGCGAGAGCCUCACCGCUGACAGUCGGCCCCAGGCUGCUGUCGUUCUACACCAAAGAUGCGCGAGAGGACGCUCUUGUGCGCCUGGACGGGCUUGCCAUUCACGGAGUGAUUCCGAAGUGGGGCAAGAUGCACCUGGCGGAGUGGGAUGCGAUGGAGCUCGAAGAGGCGUUUCCGGGGCCGGCGAGGGCGCACAGCGCCGUGUCAUCCUCGCCGCCGCUGCCCGUGGCCACUCGCGCGUACGGCCUGUCGCACGCAGCGUAUCAGGCUGCCUCAGAGGCCUAUUGGCCCCAAGAGAAUGAGAGACGCGAGGAGGCGCGCAGUCGCGGCGAGCCGGAGUUCA